UUUCAACCAGUCUGUAUUAUGCGGGGUUAAACAAUGUACUCUACCCUAAUGUUCUUUUGAAGGAUAGGGCACCGCAUACGAGACUUCCUACUGGUUGUCUAGCAAAAAAUUUAUGUAAUUGGAUUCAGUAG